ACAGAGGGAACUCUGGUGGAUGAAUCACAUUGUUCCUUUUGGGAAAAGAUGAAAACUUUCUUUGUGGCUAUUUUGGCUACCAGCUAUUUCUCAUGUAAGGAUUUGUCAAAGAACUUGGGGGAGGGAGUAAACAUUUGAUUUUCUUCUAAGGGAUGAAACAAGCCAACAGGAACUGUUUUCUAGAUGUACUGAUUUUUGAAACUUUGAAAUUUCUCUCAGAGAUGAAUUGACUACCUCAACCAGAAUGAAUGGCACUGGUGAAUCCAUUUUUCCAUAUUCUAAAAACUCUGCCAUAAGCAGGUUCAGACGUGAGAUAUCUUAAAAGAUGAUCGAUGAGAGAUAUUUUUGGUCAACGUCCAGUCAAGGGCGUUUCAUGCAGUUAUUAUGAAAGGACGUCUAUACAAAAGAAACAUACAUGCUCCAUAAGAGUCAGCCCGUUAUGUGCUUCUAAUAAUGUUACAUAUUCUAAUACCUGCGUGUACUGCUUCGCUAACAUUUGUAUGAAAACUCACGCUUUUCAACCCAAGACUAAAGCAGCAAGUCCCAGCACUGAGUCAGAAGGUUGGGUCCUGCCCCGUGGUUGAGCGGUAACUGGGAACUCUGAUAAGACCUCCCUACCUCAACUUCUCAUCGACACGUCUGAGAUAAGAUUUCCUGCUUUACUUCCUAAAUACAUUAUGAACACUGACUCUUCUUUCCUGGUAUUUUCAAACAUACAAAGCUCUUUGCGGCUUCGGGACCUUUGGGCAAACUGUCCUCUCUCCUACAAGAAUUUUUUCCCCAGCUUUUCAUAGGACUUGUUCUUCUCAUUAUCUGAGCUUCAGUCUAAAUGCAUCUCCCUUAUAGAUGCCUCCCCUGGCCAUCCUACCUAAAAUAGAUUUACCUCUGAUAGUUUCCAUGUGCUUCUGUUUCCUUCAUAAUCUUUAGCGUAACUGCCAGAUAUUUUAUUUUGCUGUUUAUGUUUGGCCUGUCACCAAAAAUAAGCUCCACGAAGUCAGAGGGCAGGUUUGGGAUUUAUUCUCAGCACUUAAUACAGUGUCUAGUGCCAAGUAAGCACCAUAAGUACUUGUUGAAUGAAUGAACAAAUGAGCAAAUGGGUUCUUAAGGGGGGUGAAUGGGACCCUGGGCAUAAAAAGCAUUUUUAAAUUUAAAGCACCUUUUUAUAAGUAAUUCAUUUUUUUAGUUUUAGAAGUACUGCAUUGGCUUAAUCUCUCAGCUGAGUUGGUGGUUAAGACUAAAGGCUCUGACUCUAUAGACUAGGAUUGAAAUUUGAGGUCUUCUAUUUAAACCA